CCACUUUAUUGGUAUGGUAACGAGAAUUCCCGCAUCCAGUUAGUUCAUCGCUCUCCACUGGGUGCCGAGUCCCAAGGCACAAAAUCGUCCAAAAUCAAUGCAGUUCUCGUGACUCAUCCACGUGGAAUGGAUCUACUGGAUAUAGCAUCUGGGAGACCGCUAGCUCGACUACCACUGGAAUGGAUACCCGGUUCCACGUAUGCGAACAUGCCCAGUGUCAACGAGUCUCGUAUGUUCACCGAUUCCCUGACCAAGCACACGCUUCAUCAAAUCCGGAUCAGCUCAGCCGUCAUUCCCACUAGUGUGUCCGGACGUGGUGUUCACAUUCGACAAGGCGGUCAGUCGACCAGUCCGGAAGAUGCCACUGAGCCAGACGACUCGAAACCGGACUUGUUCCACCCGAAUCCGAUCGCUUUUGGUCAGAGUGAUUUUUCACACCAGGUGGAUUGUCGUGGUAGACUGACCGCACUGGAAUCCGCUGGGCUGAUGGAACGGGAUUCGCUCAGACCGCUGGUAUCGAAUGGACACACGGUUCUCUAUACCGGGCUUUGUCGACCUGCCGGUUGGUGGGAAUACGCUCGCCUCGGCCGACCGGAUUGGUUGGAAGACGAAACUAAAUCAGUCCCACCACUGAUUAUCAAACACUCAGCACAUCCGGGGUUUCUUCGUGGUUUGUGGGACUCAGUGCGUCGCCAUGAUAUGUUGAAGUCACACAAUCGGCACAUGGACGAUCCCGAUCGGUACGAUUUGAUUUUCCUCACCUCAGAUGGCAGUUUGACUUCUGUAUCAAAUAGCGGUCGUGAGAAUUGGCAUGUAAGUUUUUUUUAA